GCGGGCGGCGGCGGCCGCGGCGGGCGGCGCGGGGCUCGGGCUAGCUGUGGGGCCGGCGCGGAUGGCGGGCGGCGCGGGCUGGGCGGGCGCCCCCGCGGCUCUGCUGCGCUCCGUGCGCCGCCUGCGCGAGGUGUUCGAGGUGUGCGGCCGCGACCCCGACGGCUUCCUGCGCGUGGAGCGCGUCGCUGCGCUCGGACUGCGCUUCGGCCAGGGCGAGGAGGUAGAAAAACUUGUAAAAUAUUUGGAUCCCAACGACCUGGGGAGAAUCAACUUCAAAGACUUUUGCCGAGGAGUGUUCGCCAUGAAAGGGUGCGAGGAGCUGCUGAAGGAUGUGCUGUCCGUGGAGAGUGCAGGGACGCUGCCAUGCGCCCUGGAGAUCCCAGACUACACGGAGCAGGGCAGCGAGGUCGCAGGCCCUACGUAUGCUGAUGGCGAGCUCAUCCCCAGGGAGCCCGGCUUCUUUCCUGAGGACGAGGAAGAGGCUAUGACACUGGCCCCGCCUGAGGGCCCCCAGGAGUCAGACAUGGACAGCCCCAUGGAGAGCACCCAGAGCCUGGAGGGGUCUGUUGGGAGUCCUGCGGAAGAGAAGGACAGGGGACUUGGGGGCUUGUUUCUGCCAGAGGACAAGUCCCUGGUCCACACUCCCUCCAUGACCACGUCAGACCUGUCUACACACUCCACUGCCUCCCUCAUCAGCAACGAGGAACAGUUUGAAGACUAUGGGGAGGGGGACGAUGUGGACUGUGCCCCCAGCAGCCCCUGCCCUGAUGAUGAGACCAGGACCAACGUCUACUCAGACCUGGGAUCGUCAGUGUCUUCCAGUGCGGGGCAGACACCUAGGAAAAUGCGGCGCGCAUACAACAGUGAAUUGUUGGAUGUGUACUGCUCUCAGUGCUGCAAGAAGAUCAACCUCCUGAAUGACUUGGAAGCCCGGCUGAGAAACUUGAAGGCCAACAGCCCCAAUCGAAAGAUUUCCAGCACAGCCUUUGGACGGCAGCUCAUGCACAACAGCAACUUCAGCAGCAGCAAUGGCAGCACGGAAGACCUGUUCCGGGACAGCAUCGACUCCUGUGACAAUGACAUCACAGAAAAGGUGAGCUUUCUGGAAAAAAAGGUGACAGAACUGGAGAAUGACAGCCUGACCAAUGGGGACCUGAAGAGCAAGCUGAAGCAGGAGAACACGCAGCUGGUGCACAGGGUGCACGAGCUGGAGGAGAUGGUGAAGGACCAGGAGGCCACGGCUGAGCAGGCCCUGGAGGAGGAGAUGCGGCGACACCGUGAGGCCUACAGCAAGCUGGAGAGGGAGAAGACCACCGAGGUCGAGCUGCUCAACGCCAGGGUGCAGCAGUUAGAGGAAGAAAAUACAGAACUUAGAACAACAGUAACUCGGCUCAAGUCUCAAACAGAGAAACUGGAUGAAGAGCGGCAGCGCAUGUCCGACCGGCUGGAGGACACCAGCCUGCGACUCAAGGAUGAGAUGGACUUGUACAAGCGCAUGAUGGACAAGCUACGGCAGAACCGCCUUGAGUUCCAGAAGGAGCGGGAGGCCACGCAGGAGCUCAUCGAGGACUUGCGGAAGGAGCUGGAGCAUCUGCAGAUGUACAAGUUGGACUGCGAGCGGCCAGGCCGGGGCCGAAGUGCAUCCUCUGGCCUGGGCGAGUUCAAUGCCAGGGCCCGUGAGGUGGAGCUGGAGCACGAGGUCAAGCGGCUCAAGCAGGAAAAUCAUAAGCUGCGGGAUCAGAAUGAUGACUUGAAUGGACAGAUUCUGAGCCUCAGCCUCUACGAAGCAAAGAACCUUUUUGCCACCCAGACCAAAGCCCAGUCCCUGGCUGCAGAAAUAGACACGGCCUCACGUGAUGAGGGUAUGAUCAUGAAAGAUCAGCUCUCCAAAUGCCCUGGGACCCUCUACACUGGAACCUUGGAGCUAAUGGAAGCCUUAAAGGAACAGGAGGAGAUCAAUUUCCGGCUGAGACAGUACAUGGACAAGAUUAUCCUCGCUAUCCUGGACCACAACCCCUCCAUCCUUGAGAUCAAACACUAAGACAUGGGGGCUGGCUGCAGAGCAGCCUCAGGACCCUGGGACAGCGGGGCAGACCCUGCCUGAGGAUGCAGGCCCAGGCCCGGCCUCACACUCCCUCUGUAAAUGUAUCUCUGGCCACCAUGUAUUGUGCGUACUGAUGUAUUUGUGGUGAGGCUGUGUGCACAAGCAAGAGAUGAGCGUGAGGCCAUGGCUGUGGCUGACUUCUGCACAGUAGUUGUCCAUGCACUUUUGUGGCCCCUUUGCAAGGGUCAGGGGGUUCUGGAAGUGGGAGGGGGCAAGGUCUGCUAUCAGGAGUUACUGUAAUAACAAAAACUGGAAGCUCAUGUUUCAGGUACUGGAUAAAAUGAUUCUACCUCUGAGGAUAAGGAUUAAAAUACACUCUAGUGAAAUCGCUCUUUUACCCCACCCCUAAUCCCCCUGGGAGUGGGAGCAAAAUUGUGAUCUUUUCCAGGAGUUUGAAUGCCCAACAGUUGUGUCCUCACCACUGCUUUGGCCACCAAGCUUAGGAGAAAGGGAGUUUGGGGGACCCAUGAGGAGCUGCCCUCACUGAGCUGCCCUGCCUCUGGCUGGCCACCCUCUGCAACUUGUGUGCACAGUGUCAAAGGGACUCAGGUUUGCAGAGGAGGUAGCACAGGGCAUUCUUGUUCUGGAAUGUUCUCCACGCACUCCCCCAUCCUUGCUUACCCACCUCCCCUUUUCUUUUUGUUUUGUUGUGAAGACAGUGAAAAAUAAGCAGCCUUCACUUGGGUGUAACAGGAAGUGAUAAAAAGGAAGGAGAAAAAGAGGAUGGCGGGAUAGAGCUGUCUAAGGCAGAUGCUGACAUUGGACAACCAAAGAGGAGAUUUUGGAGCGAGGAGCAGAGCUCCCAUCCUGGUCGGUUUCCUUAAGGCUGUGAGUUGAG